CGCAUGCGCAGUCCAAUGACGCUGAUCAGGCGGUGACACAUCCCACGUGUGCUUGUGCCGCUCUCCUUUGACUGAAGGUUAAACGUUUGCUGUCGGUUUUGUGAAUUUAAUCAGAUCCUGGUGGGGUUUUAAACGGGAUAAAAAUUCAAGAUGGACCCAAUGAAAGCACAGCAACUGGCGGCCGAACUCGAGGUGGAAAUGAUGGCAGACAUGUACAACCGAAUGACCAACGCAUGUCACAGGAAGUGUGUUCCUCCUCACUACAAGGAAGCUGAAUUAUCAAAAGGUGAAGCAGUGUGUCUGGAUCGCUGCGUGGCAAAGUACCUCGACUUGCACGAGCGGCUGGGUCGAAAACUCACCGAGCUCUCCGUACAGGAUGAGGAGACGAUGAGGAAGGCAGCCGCCGGCACUGGAUAGACUUACAAGGACUCUCUGAGAGCAACAAAGUGCGGCCUGGGCUGGUCUGGAGAGAGGACAGGAAACGCACUGAUGCAUUACAGACGUCCAAAUGAAGUGGAGUGUAGUAAUGUGUGUGAGAAGACGCCUCACCAGUCUUCAGUUAAAUCUCUCUCUCUCCAUCUCUCUCCAGAGUUUGACAUUGUGGUUGGAAUAAUAGUCACCCAGAUUUGAUUGAUUUGCCCACAGGUUGCUUGUCAAAAUGCAGAAUCCUUGUUGGAAUCGGUAAUCAGUUACUGUGACUUACUCAUCAAUUAGUGUUUUUGUUAAAAGCCCCGGUGUAUGUGGACCAGGUUUUGCAUGAUGGACAUUACGUUUGUGUGGGUUCUUCAUUGGUUUUCAUGUGUGGGGCUUUUUUUUUUGUUUUUUUUUUAAUGUUUUUCUUAAAAUGUUCCUACUGACACUGCAAAUUAUGUGCAAGUAUGUUUUAUCGUUCCUGUUGGAAGACUCACAUUUGUUGCAUAGUAUAAUUAAAUCUCUUAUUAUGUAUGUC